GUAUUUCUCUGGGCCACUACUACCAGAAGUGACGUCACUUGCAGAAAACGUACACAAAAAAGAUGGCGGCUGCCAGCGAAGAUACGGCGGCAGAUUUACACGUGGGAAGAAAGAAAAAGACUCCAGUUCGUUACUGGCACCAGCAGAAAUAUGGCAACCAAAGUGGAGAAAAGACUGGCGACAAACAGCAUCAGAAUCUCAGAACAAUGUCAGCCGCAAAGAGGAAGAACCAAGACGACCAGGGACAUGGGGUAAAAAUCAUAUCCGGAAAACGGGAUCCUUUCCCAGGACCUGCUCCUAUUCCAAAGGCCAGGAUGAAGAAGUUUGCAAGGAAAGAGAAAUCGAAAGAGCAGAUCUCGAAGAAAUAUUUCAAGCUGAGAGCUGCCAUUGCUCAAUCAGAUGAAACCUCAAAAUUGGCCCAAAAACAAGCGGCCCGGUUUGACCUUCUACUCCCAGAAGAAGCGGGGUUUCUAGAAGGAGACAAAGACGAGGACACAUGUACAAUCUCACAGCAUGAUAUUGCAGAGGCUGUGGAUAUAACCUCUGGAGCUAAGUAUUUUAACUUGAACCUGUCUCAGUUUGGACCGUAUCGGCUAGAUUACAGCAAGACUGGACGUCACCUGCUUCUUGGUGGGAGGAGAGGCCAUGUCGCUUGUGUGGACUGGCAAUCAAAACAGCUAAUGUGUGAGAUAAACGUGAUGGAGUCCAUCAAUGAUGUUCGAUGGCUUCACACUGAGACAAUGUUCGCAGUGGCUCAGAAGAAGUGGCUGUACAUCUACGACUCAAAUGGAAUAGAACUUCACUGCAUCCGCAAGUUCAACGACAUCCUUCGCAUGCAGUUUCUGCCCUACCACUUUUUGCUUGCUACAGCUAGCGCUACAAGUUUCCUACAAUACCUUGACGUGUCUGUGGGUAAAGAGGUGGCAACCAUCUGCACCAAGAUGGGACGCCUUGAUGUGAUGUGCCAGAAUCCCUACAAUGCCAUUAUCCACCUCGGCCACCCUAACGGCACAGUCACCCUCUGGUCGCCCAAUCAAAAAGAAGCUGUUGUCAAGAUGCUCUGUCACCAAGGAGGAGUGCGGUCUGUCACCGUGGACAAGACGGGAACAUAUAUGGUGACAUCAGGCAUGGACAAAAAACUGAAGGUGUUUGACAUCAGAAAAUUUCAGCCUGUCAAGUCCUACUUCUUACCUGAGGGAGCUUCCUGUUUGUCACUGAGCCAGCGAGGGCUGUUGUCUGCAGCCACGGGGGAUGUCAUCCAGGUAUAUAGGGACGUGUGGAGCACUGACACAGUGACGAAACCCUAUAUGGCUCACAGAGUGCGGGCGGCCGCUUGGGGCCUGCACUUUUGUCCCUUUGAGGAUGUGCUGGGGGUCGGACAUGGACAAGGCUUCACUAGCAUGCUUGUACCAGGAGCGGGUGAGCCAAACUUUGACGGCCUCGAUUCAAAUCCAUACCGCAGUACCAAACAGAGGCAGGAAUGGGAGGUUAAGGCCCUGCUAGAAAAGAUCCAGCCUGAUUUGAUCAGUCUAGACCCCAGAGAACUGGGAAAGGUUGACGUUGCCACCUUCCAGCAAAGGCACCAAGACAGAGUGGAAGCUCUGGGCUUUGAUCCUCUUGCCAGAGAAAGAUUUGUCCCCAAGUAUAAGAAAAAAGGUCGCAGCUCAACUGGCAAUGUGGAAAGGCGAAAGAAACAAGUGGCUCAUGGCGGCAAGAGGGCUCUAAUAGUCCAAAGUAUGGAGGACAAAAUGAAGAUGCAGAAGGAAAGAAAAGCAAAGGAAUCAAAGGCAUCAGCAUUAGCAAGCCAAAAAUCAGCUCUGGACAGAUUCAGGAAAUAGAAGAGGAUGUAUUGUGCUGCCAGAUCUCUGUGACAUCCUGUGAGGGGGGACGAUUUUAUAAAUGCACCCCCUGUGUGAGAACAAAACAAGUCAUGCCCCAAAACCAGAAGGAUAAAAUUAAUUAAAUGAGGGAUGUUCAUCCGUAAUCAAUGUUGAGUGCUGUGGUGGGGCAACUUUUUAAUGCCUUUCCCCUAAGGCACUUUUUGUCAGCACAGGCAGCUAUUAACUGGCACAUGCUCCCGACCUUGACCAUGCUUUCAUACGGACUAGAUUUGUCAGAUAAAAUAGACAUAAACAUACUGUCAAACCUUUAGUACAGAAAAUGAUAAAUGGGCUUGACUUGGAACAUUGUAGGCUUGAUCAGUGACAGGUGGCAUCUCUUUAGCAGGUUGUUGCAAGGCAUUACACUAUAUAUUUAACAAUGGUUUAUAAUUUACCAUCUAACAGUGGCCCCACCUACAUACUAAAUACUCAUAAUACUCAAGACUUCAUGCAUAUAUCAAUAUGUUUAUGUAGUUCAUUUUAAUGGCUGUUUAGAACCACUGGUCACAAAUUAUUGAAGUCACAACCAAGCUGUCACAAGUCACAACAUAGGCUGUGAAAGGCAUGUGCUAGCACAAAUAAGGAAGUCAACGGCCAGCCACACCUUCAUCACCCUAUGAGGAGUUUGCCAGGCCUUCUCAUGUUCCCUGACAUUUAUUUCCCGGUGCUGGUUAAAUAUUGUUAAAAUAUUGUCUGCUUUGAGUACUUGGGAGUCAUCAUUGAAACAUGGCAUGUUGAAAUAAAGCAGGGAAACGAAAAGAUCUACAGUAAAUGUUUAUUGACUGACUGCAUUCCAUUCAUCAUAUUUCCUGAGUGUAAACACAUUGUUCUCUUUGUUAUGCAGCAAAGCUGCUUUGGUUCAACUAUAUUGUAAGAUUUGUGAACCUCACCUUAUCAAUGCAACGCUGAGCUAAUGUUUACUCUUGCCAUAAAACACAUUAUAAAUACUGCUUAGAGUAGGACAGGAGGGCAUGGAGCACACCUUUUUACUGUUAUUUCAGUUGCCUACUGCUUCUAAACUAACAGGUUUGCUCUUUUAACUUUGAAUUUCAUCAGAAGUACUAUACUUGUAUAUAUUUGAUACAGAUUGCACUGUAAACAUUUAUUAACAGAAUUAUUUGCAGACAUACUGUAUGGUCACAUUUUGCUUGUCCAGGAAACAUUCUGUAUGAGAAAUACUAAUAGACUAUACCAGUGAUUUAAAAGUCUACACUUCCAGUUGAGAUCAAGUACGGUGCAGUACAUGUGUUACAAAUACGAAGGCAUGCAGCCUACAGGGGUGUGAUAAUUCUAUGGAGAAGCCAUUAAAGCCAAAUAUAUUAAC